ACAGCGGAUUACCGUGGACUGCCACUACAGAUAAAAAUUAUGUUGUUCGUGGAAGCAGCAAAAGUGCAACCUGGCGAUAGCAAUCCAAACACCAGCAAAUUACAUAUGGCGAAAGAGAUCUCACCAACCAAAAUCACUUUUUGCAAUUUCCGUGAUGGAGGAGAAACGCCGGGAUGUGGCAAACUCGCCGGCGGGGCCGAGCUCGGUGGAGGCAGAGCCGGCUUCCACGCGGCGUCGAGCAGGAGCCCAGAAGAGAAAAGCAAAUACCCUCGCUGCAUCCAGCUCUUCUUCGUUGCCGUCCAAAAGGAUUACUCGCGAGAAAUCAAGUUUAUUUUCCCAGUCUGCAAUCCUCCAUAACGGUCCCUUUACCAGGGCUCGUCUUGGGGCACCUAGUAACCUGAGCUCGGGAGCUGGAUCGGCUCGAGUGAAGCUCGAGGAACCAGGGUUGGCGAGGGAGAAAGCGAGGCUCGAGGAAUUGGAGGAGCUGAAUAAGGCAAAUGAACAGUGGGAAGCUUUGGAGGCUAAGAUUGAGACUGAGUUCGAGGCCAUUAGAUCUCGCGAAAGUACUGCCCAUGUGGUGCCGAAUCAUUGUGGUUGGUUUUCAUGGACAAAAAUUCACCCUCUUGAAAAGCAUACAUUGCCUUCAUUCUUUAAUGGCAAGAUCCCAACCCGUACACCUGAUAUUUACAUGGAGAUACGUAAUUGGAUUGUGAAGAAAUUUCGCGCAAACCUGAAUACACAGAUUGAGUUGAAAGACCUAUCAGAGCUUGAAGUUGGAGACUUGGAUGCAAGGCAGGAGGUGAUGGAGUUCUUGGACUACUGGGGUUUGAUCAACUUCCACCCAUUUCCCCUAGUAGAUUCUACUGUGGCAAGUACCGAUGGUGAUGGGGCAGCCAAAAAUGAUUCUUUGAUUGAAAAAUUAUAUUGCUUUGAAGCAGUUGAAUCAUGCCCCCUUAUUGUUCUCAAGCCUAAACUCACAACACCAUCCCUUCCAUCUGGCUUCUUUCCAGAAUCUGCCGCUGUUGAGGAUUUAGGGCAACCAGAGGAACCAGAGUACCAUUGUAACUCAUGUUCAGCUGAUUGCUCUCGGAAGCGUUACCAUUGCCAAAAGCAGGCAGAUUUUGACUUAUGUACUGAUUGCUUUAAUAAUGGGAAGUUUGGCUCUGACAUGUCUUCUUCGGAUUUCAUUCUCAUGGAGCCUGCUGAGGCACCUGGUCAUGGUGGCAGCAAGUGGACAGAUCAGGAAACCCUUUUGCUGCUUGAGGCCUUGGAGCUGUAUAAAGAAAACUGGAAUGAGAUUGCAGAGCAUGUAGCUACAAAAACUAAGGCCCAGUGCAUAUUGCACUUUGUUCAAAUGCCAAUUGAGGACACUUUCCUUGAUUUGGGUGAUGAUACAGACCCUAACUUUAAAGAAACUGUUGGUUCAGUAGCAACAAAUGAUGAAACAACUGCCCCUAAAGAUGUUCCUGAAGCAACAGAGAGUAAGACUAGUCCUAAUGAGGGUCAAGCUCAAACUUCACCUAUGGAAACUUCAAAACCUGACAAUGAAGGUAAAGUCCAUCAGGAGAUACCAAAACCCACAGAAGGAACUGAAGUAGAAAUCUGUCCAGAGAAGUUGAAGGCAGAAGAGACCAGUGAAGAAAAAACUGGUCAUGAAAACAAUGAUAAUUGUGCACUGAAGGCUUUGAGGGAGGCAUUUGAAGCUGUUGGUUAUUCUUUAACACCUGAAAAUCAACUUUCAUUUGCUGAUGCUGGAAAUCCUGUCAUGGCAUUGGCAGGAUUUCUAGCAAGGCUGGUUGAUCCUGGUAUUGCCACUGCCUCAGCCCGUAGGUCAUUGAAAUCAAUAUCUGGCAAUACUCCUGGGGUGCAGCUAGCUGCUAGGCAUUGCUUUCUUUUGGAAGAUCCACCAGAUGACAAGGAGCAAGCUGGUUCUGAAAGUGAUAUGAAUGAAAUGGCUGAUCGGGAUGCUAAGAAGGAUGAAAACCAAGAGGACAGCCAGAGAGAGGAAAAGUCUGCCCCUGUGUUAGAUCAAAGAAAUUCCUCAAGUAAUCAAGGUGGCCAGGAUACUGAAGUAUCUGUUUCUGAAGAAAAGAUAACAUCAGCUGCACUGCAUGGUCAAUCCCCAGACAAAAAGGAGCCUGACAUGGUAUCUACUCAAGAAGGUGUUAAAAAUGCUAAUCAGAAAGAACCGAACAAUCCUACUUUACCAACAGACAAUCAAUCAAGUGUUAUGGACGACUCUGAUUGUGGCAGGAAGGAAAGUGCGGUGCAGCCUUCUCAGUCUAAGGAGGUAGUGAAGGAUGUAGACAUGUCCAAUACUCUGCCAAUGGAAAAGAAUGGGUCUUGUGAAGCUACUGUAGUAAAGCAAAUUGGAGAGCAAUCUAAGCCUGCUGAGACAGGCUUAUCUUCCACUGAUAUUGUAUCUGAUUCUUUGCCAAAGGAGAAGAAUGAGCAUCAGCAAUCAGUUAAAGAAAAGCCAAAGGAGGUAGAUAUGGUGCACAAUUCACAGACCUCAGAAAGGACGGAGCCUCAGCAGCCAAUCACAUCAAAUUCAGUAAAUGCAGAAGUAGCUAGUACAGGUGAGGACAGCUCUACAGGGCCCAAAGAUUACCAAGACAUUGAUAAAUUAAAGCGUGCAGCUGUAACGGCAAUCUCAGCAGCAGCAGUGAAGGCAAAAUUUCUGGCAGAUCAGGAAGAGGACCAAAUCCGACAACUUGCUAUAUCAUUGAUAGAAAAGCAGUUACAUAAGUUAGAAACCAAGUUGACUUUCUCCAAUGAGAUGGAAAGUGUGAUGAUGAGAGUGAAGGAGCAAUUGGACAGGUCAAGGCAGAGGCUUUACCAGGAGCGGGCACAUAUAAUUGCCACCCGAAUGUGCAUGCCAGCUUCCUCAUCUCGAGCCAUGCCACCAGCAUUACCCACCAACAGAAUUGCAACAAACUAUGUGAGCUCAAUUGCAAGACCUCCUAUGGGUCUGACUGCCCCAAGGCUACCAAUGUCCAGACCAAUGGGCCCUAUGACUCCUGGACCUUCUAAUCCAUUUGCAUCCACAACAAUAUCAGGAAGUUCAAUUCGUCCUGCUAGCUAGGAUCAUCUUUCUUCACUUGAAAUAACAUAAUCUCUGCUCAAAGUACAUAGAAGUUUUUAUCAUUUUUUGUACAACAGUUGCUGAUCCUGAAGUUUAUCAAGUGAGUGCCCCCUCCUUUCAUUUCUUUGUGCUCUUUUUCACUAUGUCUUCUUUCAGUGGAGUUAGGGUUAAUGUUCAGGUUUGUGUCUGUUGGGACCCCAUGAACUUUAAUAAUCUAGAAUCUAUAUCAUCCAGAAUGUUAGUAGUAAUAUCAUGAUUUUUACAUUUUAGAAAACCCAAUUUGAUAGCAUCACAGUUUACUUGUUUUUUCAAUUUUGACUCAGCAUUUUCUGGAAUAACCUCAAGAGGGCAGUUUACAAGUAAAUCCAGAUUCUGGCAUUUUUAUUCCGGUAACCAAAAACCAGUACUUUUAUCACAAUGACAUUGGCGUCUCAUCUUCAUGAAGAAACGAGAAGCUGCUUUUUCAUGGUCCUGCUUCCAGGGUACCUUUACCGUCAGCACCAAUUCUGUUAAAAUGAGUAAUUGGAGGGAUGGCUUAGGCGCUUACCUCCCUAACUUUCAGCCUCACAUUUUCCAUUUAUGGGCCUUCGCCUCAAAUUUUUUUUAUUGUGUAUUUCUGUAGGGCCAAGUUGUUACCUACAAAACUUGCUAAUGUGAGUUGAACAUCUGUAUCAUUUGUGACCUUACCCUGUAUUCUUGGCUUCUUCAAAGGUGCAAGUGUACUAGAUAUAGCUGAUGUUCUUUUUGCCCUUCAGAUGUAACUUAUGUAUUCAUUCUCUUCUGCUGUGCUAAUGAAGGAUUUUUUCAUAU